CACAAAAAGUUGUUCUUACAUUUACUUAACAUGGUUAGUGACGCAGGGCAAUUUUCCAAUCACCGGUUGCUCCAAUUGGCGUAGUUGUGUGAUUCCAAACGUUAAAGUGCAAGUAAAGUGGUUUAAGAAACUACAGUUUUAUUUCUAAAAUGCAUUUAGAGAUAGCUAAAGACAACAUAAGUGUGGAGGAUGGCAUUUUACUUGCGUUCCAAGAUCUUUCAUAUUGCAUUACUGGGAGUUAUGGACGUAAUAUUUGGUCAAACAAAAAGGCAUAUCCUCGCGACGACGAGCAAGUAAUUUUGGAUUCGGCAUGCGGCGCGCUUCGCCCGGGCCGGCUCGCCUUUAUCCUGGGGCCAUCAGGUGCAGGCAAGACCUCGCUGCUCAAAAUACUGGCAGGCAGAAAAAAGCGUGGUGUUAAAGGUUCUAUUCAAGGGAUAGGCAAGAACGCGGUGUUGGUGGCACAGCACGCAACACUUAUAGACGCUCUCACAGUGCGCGAAACACUACAUUUUGCUGCCGAGCUCAAGUUACCCAAAGCAACUCGACUUGAACGCAAUGACACGAUAGAAAUGAUAUCGAAACAGCUGGGAAUCCGCGAUGUGUUCAACACGCGGGCAGGCCGACUGUCCGGCGGCGAGCGUAAACGUCUUACGAUUGCGUGCGAGCUUCUCACAGACCCUCAAAUCAUGCUUCUCGACGAACCUACUAGUGGACUCGAUUCAGUAUCAUCUCUGUCAGUGGCGAAGGCGCUACAGGCUGUGGCCAGGACUGGGCGGACGGUUGCCUGCGUCAUCCACCAGCCCUCCUCACAGCUCUUCUCCUCCGCUGAUGACGUCAUGCUGCUUGCAAAUGGUCGAACUCUAUACGCCGGCAGCAUAGAAGACUUGCCCAACACACUAAAAACCGCCGGACUGAUUUGCCCACGCUACUACAAUAUGGCGGAUUAUCUUAUAGAAAUCGCAAGCAAUAAACAUACGGAGAGCCUCGCAAUUUUGGAAAAUGAAGCCAAACUUUACGCAACGGAAAUGAGAAAAAUCGCUGAAAAUGAUAACUCUGCAAAGAAUGAAAAAAUUAUUGAAAUCUCAAGUGAAGCCGAGGCACUACUGAAUGAAAACACAAUAAAUGUUCAAAACUACGCAGCGUCUUAUGGCCAGCAGUUGAGGGCCCUAUUAUGGCGCGGGUACAUAGGAGCGCUACGAGAUGUGCAUUUGACUCAGAUACGUCUGGUGACGCAUCUCCUGGUGGCAUUGUUAUUGGGUGCGUUGUACAAAGGCGCAGGCGCUGAAGCUCACCGCAUGACCACCAACACGGGCUGCUUGUUCUUUUUCCUCAUGUUUAUCUUCUUCUCUAACGCUAUGCCGACAAUACACAAUUUCCCAGUGGAAUCCACGGUUGUUCUUCAAGAACAUUUGAAUAAAUGGUACUCCUUGACUAUGUAUUGCGCGUCGAAGAUUUUGGUUGACUUACCAAUACAGUUGUUAUGUGCAACAGUUUUCAUAUUCCCGGCUUGGUACUUAACAUCCCAACCUAUGGAGCUGGAUCGAAUGGCUUUGGCGUGGAUAAUUUGUGCGCUGACCACAAUACUAGCUCAAACAUUCGGCUUAGUUAUGGGAGCGGCUUGUGGUGUAAAGCUUGGAAUGUUUGUGAUCCCAGCGACAAACAUUCCGAUGUUAAUGUUCUCAGGAUUUUUCAUCCCUUACCCCGAAAUGCCAGUGUAUCUUCGACCAUUUGCGCUCAUUUCGUAUUUCCGAUACGCAUUCGACGCAUUCCUAUCAACGGUUUACGGUUUCAACAGACCGAACCUACCUUGCCAUAAGGAAUUUUGCUUCUACAAGAAUCCUAGCAAGUACCUUGACUUUUUAGGAUUAUCUAAAGAUUUUUGCAAUGACGUUAUUGUAUUGGUGGUGUGGAUUCUUGUAUUAGAAAUAUCAUUAAUAUGUGUUUUAAAGUACAGAGUAUAUAAAGCAUGUAGAUAGAAUUAUUUAUUUCAAUGUAUUAUUGUUUUUACAAUUUUUCGAUCUGUGUAACGCAUAAUUUUUACAUCUAUUUUUAAUGUCUCAAUUUAGUAUGUAAUUUUAUUUUUCUACAUUUAUACCAUGGGACCAUGUAUUUAUAGAAAUUCGGUGUGAUACUCAUUUAUUUAAGUUUAAGUUUUGUUCCAUUUAUUAUUAUUAUAAUUACAGUUUAAGUUUAAGGGCCUAUUUCACCACUUGCUUAUAAAUUUCCACUAGUUUUUGAUUAGGCAAUCAAACACAUAAACUCUCUAAAAAUUUGACCAAGCGGCUGAUAUUUUUUAAAUAUAUUUAUUAAUUAUUAGCUUGGUCGUAGACUAUGUUUGUUUAUUUAUACUCAAAACAUAUUUUUUAUAAAACUACUUGAACUAAUAUGGGCUGGAACCAGACAAAGACAAGACUUGACUCACAAAAUAUCAGUUCAAUCAGUUGAUAAUAUUACUUAAAAACGUCUUGUCUGUAAGAAAAAGAAAAAAACAUGAAAUUCGACUGAUGUAUGAGAUAGCACCAUCUAUAGACUACAUUUUAAAACAUUUUUUUUAAUUUAAACUAAAUAAACUGUAAUUUCUGAUAAGAUACCCACUUAGAAUAAAAUUUAAAAAAGAAAGAAAAAUAGCGAUGUAAAAAGUUAGGAGAAUGCGAUUCGAAGUCGCAUUUUACUGAUUUAGAAUUAGAUUUCCAAAGUUCACGUUCACUAUUUUUUUAUACCGAUGUAAUGUCGCUGUGGGGAAGACGAAUCUAAGGAUACUCGUUCAAAUCGGUUUAAACUAUAGGCCAACACAUACAAACCCACUAACAUAAAAACUUAUGUAAAUUACUCGUGUCGGGUAACGCUAUAUUUUUUUCUAGUUAUUAAAAAAAAGUAGUCUAUAAGAUGUAAACAUUGUGUCGACAUUAGCUUAAAGUAAGACAAAAUAAGAUAACAAUUAAAAAAUAUUAUUAAGACAAAAUUAUUUUAUUUGAUUUAUACAACACAGCCAGAAAAUCACUGGAACGAAAUGUCAAUUUUUUUUAAUCGCAAACAUCUAAAAUGAAUAAAUACAAAAUAUACAAAUUUGCACAGGACAUAUUAUGUACAAACACAACCUACGUUUAGCAGAAUGACGGAUCUGCGUUUAGCAAACCACAGUUUAUAUAUAAAACAUAAUAAAUACACAUUGUACUUAAACUGUAAAUGCCACAAGUUGGACUCGGAAAAAGAAAAUAGUCGAAAACAAGAUUUUUGUUAAAAUUAAUUUAAAAGAUUUAGGACACUCAUAAU